AAGCGGCAGUGAUGCGUGUUGUUGCCGUCUGUCAUUAGCGUAGCUGAAGCUAACAUCGGUGUUCCGCUUCUCUUUCAAACAUGUACACUUUGUUGUCUGGGUUGUACAAGUACGUGUUUCAAAAGGACGAGUACUGCGUUUUAAUCCUGGGUCUGGAUAAUGCAGGGAAGACGACCUUUCUGGAGCAGACAAAGACCCGGUUCAGUAAGAAUUACAAGGGGAUGAGUUUAUCAAAGAUCACAACAACAGUCGGUCUGAACAUCGGUACCAUCGAUGUAGGCAAAGCUCGUCUCAUGUUCUGGGACCUGGGAGGUCAGGAUGAGCUGCAGUCUCUGUGGGACAAAUACUACGCCGAGUCCCACGGAGUCAUCUAUGUGAUCGAUUCAACCGACGAAGACCGUCUGUCAGAAUCGAAGGAGGCCUUUGAGAAGAUGAUCAGCAGCGAAGCGUUGGAAGGCGUUCCACUCCUGGUUCUGGCCAACAAGCAGGAUGUUCCGAACUGUUUGUCAGUCCCGGACAUUAAAACAGCCUUUAGUGACUGCGCACCAAAGAUCGGCAAAAGAGACUGUUUGGUCCAGCCCUGUACCGCCCUAACGGGGGACGGAGUGAACGACGGCAUCGAGUGGAUGGUGAAGUGUGUGGUCCGGAACAUUCACCGGCCGCCUAGGCAGAAGGACAUUACCUAAAACCUCCUGGUUCUGACCGUGGGCUGAGAACGCUCGAACAACCCGUUCUGUGUUUGGACUGCUUCUGAUUUUAUUCCAGUUUCAUGAGG